AUGCACAGAACCCCGUAUAUAAAGUGUGUGCGGCGACAGCAUUCUGAAAAUUCUGACGCCUUCUGGAUGCGCCAUUGGCAAGCGGAAGAUACUGGAUCAUGGUUGGCGCAGGUGAGCAAGUUGAGGUCGCUACAUCCACAAACGAUUGCUGGUCAGCUAGGACCACGGGAUGUGCAUUUGCUGUCCGCACAAAAGCGUUUUGUAGCGGUCACACACUGUGCAGAAAAACUCAAUGUAGGCUAUAGGGUCGUUCGCGGGAAGUGUCUCAAGAAUACCAAAAGGGAUACUGAGGAUUUCAUCAUCUAUGCCAGUGUUGUCAACAGAGAAUGCGAGUGCUUUCAGCCCAGCUCCAUGACCGAGGAUCAAUUCGUCUUCGUGGCUGAUCUUCAAUCGCCGCAUGAUGCAGAUAUUCGGACCCGGCUACUCAAUAGAAUUGAACAGGAUCCAGAGUGGACGCUUCAGAAACUUACCACUGAGUGCCAGUAUCUUAUCAAUCUCAAGACUGACGGUGCUAUGAUUGGAUAUUCCAAAUUCCCUCAGCAUGAUAUGGUAUGCAAAGUAACUUCCAAAAAGAAGGUCAAAUUCAAAACGAACUCCAAGAAAACCGUCCACAACCCGUUGGUUUUGUGA